AUGGCCGCAGCACCCUCCGCAUCCUGCCUCCUCGAGGAGCCUGUCCGACUGCUGCACAACGGGAAGGAUAAGGAGGUGGUGGUGCGGGAGGCGAGGGACUGGGCGGCGCUGCCGCGGGAUGUGUUGCUGGACGUGUUCAGCCGGCUGGACCACGUCGACAUCCUCACGGGGCCCGACAUUGUGUGCAGCCCAUGGCGCAGGGCUUCUGUGGACGAGCCGGACUUGUGGCGCUGCGUCGAUAUGCGCUUCCACUGCUACGCCUUCAACCACUCGGAAUACCUUGAGAUGGUGAGAGCUGCCAUGAGGCGUAGUGUGGGUCGGUGCGAGGCCUUCUGGGCAGAGGGCUACGUCACAGAAAGGAUUCUCUCCCUCCUUGCCGACGGGGCGCCAUCAUUAAAGAGCCUUCGACUCAUCUAUUGCCGUGAUAUCGUAGACAUGGCCUUGAAGCCGUUGAUCACAAAGUUUUCCAUGCUUGAGGAGUUGGAAUUGUCAAACUGUCUGCAUAAAUUUCCUGACACACUUGAAGCUGUAGGAGCUGCAUGUCCCCUCCUGAAGCGCUUUAGACUGAGCCAAAUAUUCUUCUACAGUGAAUACCAAGAUGAUAGCGCAGCCAUGGCGAUCGCCAAGAUGCCAGAGCUGCGCUCGUUGCAGCUCACUGCUAAUUCGCUCACCAACAAUGGUUUGAAAGCCAUCCUUGAUGGUUGCCCGCACCUAGAGUCUCUCGACAUCCGCCAUUGUUACCAUGUUUGCAUGAACGGUGACAUGCAAGCAAAGUGUUCUCGGAUCAAGACUCUGAGGCAUCCUGAAGACUCCAUGGAUGAUUAUAACCUCUCAUUUAAUUACUAUACGACUCCAAACCAUGCAGGUCUACAUCAAUUGAAUUAA